AUGCGGAGAACACUGCGGAGAAACCAAGCGGCAACAAGGCCCCCAGCACCAAGAACACGGCUCAGCUCUCCAAGAUCCCACGUCAUAUGCUCUCCACGGUUCCACAUCAAAUCAUCACUUAGCAAGCGGAGAACACCACUGCAACUUGGCCGUUCCACAUCAAAUCAUCACUCAGCAAGCGGAGAACACCACUGCAACUUAGCCUGUCAUCCCCACUACAUUGAGGAGCAAGAGGAGGAACUACAACAGGCAAAUGCGGAGAACACUACGGAGAAACCAAGCGACAACAAGGCCACCAUCGUCAAGAACACGGCUCAGCUCUCCAAGAUCCCACAUCAUAUCAAUCAUCCACUCAAGGAGGAGCAAGAGGAGGAACUACAACAGGCAAAUGCGGAGAACACUGCGGAGAACACUAUGAAGAACACUGCGGAGAACACUAUAAAGAACACUGCGGAGAAACCAAGCGGCAACAAGGCCCCCAGCACCAAGAACACAGCUCAGCUCUCCAAGAUCCCACGUCAUAUGCUCUCCACGGUUCCACAUCAAAUUAUCACUUAG